AUGCUACCAACAGCAAGCAAGAUUCAAGAGUUGACAGAUGCUCCGGGUGGAGGCCAGAUGGUGACCUUGACCGAUCCUGAAGGAUUUCCGAUAAACUUGUUCUAUGGACAGAUACCUGCAACUCCUGGUGUAUAUCCUAAGAAGCUCGAGAUAAACUUUGAGACUGAGAAGCCAAGAGUCCGCAAGUUCCAGCGGUUCCAGCCCGGUCCGGCGGCAGUUCACAAGCUUGGUCACUAUGGCGUCUGCACCACAAAGUUCGAAGACCUGGUUGGAUUCUAUACAAAGAACUUCAACAUAGUCCCCACAGACUUCCUCUAUGUCGAGGUGGAUGGAGCCAAAAGAAACGUCGCUCUAUUUGCGCAUAUCGACCGCGGCGACAAGCACGUUGACCACCAUUCAUUCUUCAUGAGCUCUAACCCAACAUCACACGUGCACCACUGCUCGUUCGAGGUCCAUGACUUCGAUACACAGAAGCUCGGCCACCAAUGGCUCGCACAAAAGAACUACAAGUCUGUCUGGGGUGUUGGCCGCCAUAUUCUUGGAAGUCAAAUUUUCGAUUACUGGUGGGAUACCACGGGAAAUAUGAUUGAACAUUACGCCGAUGGAGAUUUGGUGAAUGACCAAACUCCGAUAGGUUAUGGCCCUGCUGGCGAUGAGUCUUUGGCGGUUUGGGGGCCCGAGGUGCCAUCUUGGUUCUUGAAGUGA